AACUGGCGGAAGUGACGGCAUCAGUUGUGCGUCAGGCGUUCGGUCGGGUCGAGUCCGGUAGCGGUGGCGGGUAUCUGCUGGCGGUUUGGCUAGGUUUCUGCGGUCGCGUCGUUUUCUCCGCAGUGCCCAGCGUAUUUUUCAGCAGCAUCACGAUUUCAUGGUGUGUAAAGAUAACCCGGAAUAUUGACAGCGUUGUCAAGGAGAUAAUGCAGAGGAUGCUCUAGGGAGAAUUUGAGUACCGAAGAAAGUGAGAAUCAUGGACCAGAACAACAGCCUUCCACCUUAUGCUCAGGGCUUGGCCUCCCCACAGAGCGCCAUGACUCCUGGAAUCCCCAUCUUUAGUCCCAUGAUGCCUUACGGCACAGGCCUCACUCCCCAGCCUGUUCAGAACACCAACAGUCUGUCUAUUCUGGAAGAGCAACAAAGGCAGCAGCAGCAGCAGCAGCAACAACAACAACAGCAGCAGGCAGUAGCAACUGCAGCAGCCUCAGUACAGCAGUCAACAUCUCAGCAGCCCACACAGGGGGCCUCAGGCCAGACCCCACAACUCUUCCAUUCUCAAACCCUGACCACCGCACCAUUGCCAGGCACCACCCCCUUGUACCCGUCACCAAUGACUCCUAUGACCCCUAUCACUCCUGCCACACCAGCCUCUGAGAGCUCUGGGAUUGUACCACAGCUUCAAAAUAUUGUAUCUACCGUGAAUCUUGGCUGUAAACUUGACCUAAAGACCAUUGCACUUCGUGCCAGAAAUGCUGAAUAUAAUCCCAAGCGGUUUGCUGCUGUCAUCAUGAGAAUAAGAGAGCCACGAACAACUGCGCUGAUUUUCAGUUCUGGGAAAAUGGUGUGCACAGGAGCCAAGAGUGAAGAACAAUCCAGACUAGCAGCAAGAAAAUACGCUAGAGUUGUGCAGAAGUUGGGCUUUCCAGCUAAGUUCUUAGACUUCAAGAUCCAGAACAUGGUGGGAAGCUGUGAUGUGAAGUUCCCCAUAAGGCUGGAAGGCCUGGUGCUGACCCACCAGCAGUUCAGUAGCUAUGAGCCAGAAUUAUUUCCUGGAUUAAUCUACAGAAUGAUCAAACCCAGAAUUGUUCUCCUUAUUUUUGUUUCUGGAAAAGUUGUAUUAACAGGUGCUAAAGUUAGAGCAGAGAUUUAUGAAGCAUUUGAAAACAUCUACCCCAUCUUAAAGGGAUUCCGGAAGACCACAUAGUUGUCUGCCGUGUGCUCCCACCUCCCCUACCCACGUGCUUUUAAAACCAGUCAGUUUUGGUACCACUGAUGGUACAGUUGUGAGGACACUCAGUCACAGGUGGCAGCAUGAAGUGACACUGUGUGUCCUGCCUGCUGCAGGAUCCUGGAAAGGUCCCUCCUCUGCACUGAGAUCACCCUGCAGCAUUUCUGUGAGUUGCUUGCUCUGUGCUGCUACUUGGGCGGCACUGCCCAUUUAUUUAUAUUUAGAUUUUAAACACUGCUGUUGGUGAUUAUUGGUUUAAGGGACAGAACCUUUAAGUGUUCAAGCCACCUGUACAAUUGGACUUUUCAUUUUAACCUUUCCCACACACACCAGUUUUUAUAUUUCUACCAGAAAAGUAAAAAUCUUUUUUAAAAGUGUUGUUUUUCUAGUUUGUAACUCUUAGGAGUUAUUUUUGUGCCAGAUACAUUCCGCCUUCCCAGUAUUGCAGGACUGAAUAGUUGUAUUAAUCAAAACAAAUGGCUGUACAUACUUUUUUCUUUCUUCAGAGUACUCUGCACAAAAAUGCAGCUUGUAAAUUGUUAGAUUUUUGUUAUAAAUACCUUGUAAGUCAUGUGAUCAUACUGUCAAAGAAAUUUAUUUUAGAUAUAAUGCCUGAGACCAUUGUUUUGCUUGCUUGUCUGAUUUUUGGUUUAUUUGGUUAACAUUUAUUGUCUGUUGCAGUGAGAAUGGACAUGUUCUUGAUUUAUGAUCCCAUUGAACACCCUCGUUUCCUAGAUUGUCCAAUGUCUGGGAUUUUUACCAAAUUAGUUGUUUUGUUUCUUUUUCAGCCUUUGCCAAAGCCUUGCCCAAGGUCCCAUAGCCAGUAAGAGACAUGGGUAUGUGAGUUAGUAAUUCAAGUAUAGACGUUGGUGCCCUUUCCACAGAUAGCUAUUUCUUUGGUAUAUUUGUUGUGGAUGUUACCUCUUGAAAUAUCAGGUGGACAUUUAUAAAGCCUUGGGUUAUUUUGGA